UCCUCCCAGCCGAUCUCCCCUUCCCUCCAAUCCAACCCCUUUUCUCUCCCCGGUCCCACCCAAAACUUCCUUCUCCCCAUUUACGCCCCAAUUUGGGGGGCAUGAUCAAAUAGUGAAAUUGCACCUCUUUUCUACUCCCCCUACUGUUCAUAAAGAUCCAAAUGGGUGCAAUUUUAUUGGGACUCCCAUUUACCCCCCAACAAAUGCACCCCCUUACAUUUACCCCUCUAAACAAACAUAGUGUAAAUCAACCCUAAAUACGAGCGGCCGCCCCCACCUCUUUCUCUCUCGUUUUUUUCUCUGCUCCCUCCUCCACAAAAACGACGACCACUAGCAUCUCUCUUUUUCGUUCUUCUUUCCUGUCUCCUCCAGAUCUGAAGCUGCAGUCUCUUCUUCUUCUCUUCGAUUCACCUAUCUCCCUCUCAUUACUUCUGGAAACAAACAAGUAAACCAAGAGAAUACUUUUGCCGGCGGCGACUGGAAGCCAUCUUGUUUUCCUCCAUUUUCUACCUCAUUUUUAUCAUGGCCCUCUUCUGCCGCUUAUCUGUGCUUCAUCCCCUGUUUUUCCAGAGCAGGGCCGUGCGGUUUUGGCCGCAAGAAACGCACAUUCGCAUUCCGCGGGUUGAAAGUGAGUAUCUUGGAUGUGGGUUUUGGCUUUUAUUGCUGAAAGAUUAGGUCUUUUCUGCAUGGUGGUCUGUUAGGUUUGGCUGAUCAUUGGGAUUUUUCCUUUUCCCAUUUUUAUAUUUUGGUUCUUUAAUGUGGGUUUCGGUGUAUGGUUGAUCAGAUGAUGCUGCUGGUGUUUUGUAUGUGCAUGGUUUCAUUGUGCAGCUGUGCCUGAAUUGAUCGUCUGUUGAUGUGCAUGUUUGAGGUUUUGUAACUGAAAAUGCUCUGAAGUUGAAGGUGAAAAUUGAGGCUUUUUUGGAGCAAUGUACUUAUUUUUCCUUGAUUGGCUUGGGGUUUUGAUUGAUUUUGUGAGUUUGUUGUUGUUCUUUUUGUUAGUUCACGUGCUAUGUGAUAUAUUUCUGGCUUUGAUUUCUGAUGAGUAGUAAUUAAUAGAUCAUAUUCAUUGUUACAUGAAAAGUCUUUUGAAGUUCAUCUGGAAUGGUCUACAUUACUGUUAAAUCUAUGCUUCUUUACUCUGAAAGUAAUUUUCGGUCAGAGAAGCUGGAGUAUUGUGAAAAGUGUUCCAGUAUUUGAUCAAUGGGGGCCUGGUUUGGUGCUUCUCACUUCUUUUCCUCAUCUUACUAUUGUAGCCAUAAGAUUGAGUAUAAGUUGAAGAGCAUGAUUCGAUUGGUAACCUAGCUAUUCUUUGAAUCCUUUAUUGUUUGAUCUGAACUUUAAUGGCUUGAAAGAUAGGCAAAUGUGCUUGUCUCAUCCUUUUUUGAUCAACUAGUUAUUCAGAAAUGAUAUUGGUGCUUCUCACUUCUUUUCCUCAUCUUACUAUUGUAGCCAUAAGAUUGAGUAUAAGUUGAAGAGCAUGAUUCGAUUGGUAACCUAGCUAUUCUUUGAAUCCUUUAUUGUUUGAUCUGAACUUUAAUGGCUUGAAAGAUAGGCAAAUGUGCUUGUCUCAUCUUUUUUGAUCAACUAGUUAUUCAGAAAUGAUAUUGUGGUCUUCAUAAUCUUUGUAACAUUAUGGCCAUCUUUUGUAACUGUAUCACUACCAUAAGACCCACGUUAAGGCUCUGCAUGGUUUUGAACUGUAACUUGUUCUGUUUGUUUCAGUAUACUACCUCUAUUUUUGCAAUAUGAAAGAAAAUGAGUAAUUAUCACGUUAGGUGACUUUUUACUCCCAGCUGAUCUGAUCGAUCACUUGUGAUGCUGGUUUGCAUCAUAUGAUCACGUUCUUCGGUUUUGGUGUAGAGGAUCAUUGCAGGAUGCUUAUUUGGUAUAUUAAUAUAAAAUCAGUUGUGUACGGGUUGUAUGUCUUUCCAUGAUUUACUCACACGUGUCAGUAUGCGGAAUCAGUUGAUUGAUUAUUUUUUAUUUUGGUCCGCCUUAUGUUGGUAAAUAGUGAAUGCUCAAUUUGGUAUGCUUUUUAAAAUAAGUGAUGAUACUUGUGUCUUUAAUUUAAGUUCCAUAAUUUAAUUCCACAUUCCAGUAUUCUUAUGAUUCGAGAUGUGAUUCACUGGUAGCAUUUAGCUGUAACUGUCGGUAGAGGAAAAUAACAAAUUAAUCGAUCAGAAAAUGGUGGGUGUAGAUGAAUGUAAUCAUAUCUAGGUAUAUACUUGCCUGCUAUGUGAAACCAAUGUCAAGAUAAUUUGGUUUCAUGUCUUAUUUGGCGUAGUAAUUUGCACAAAAUUUACUGCAUAACUUGUCAAGUAUGGAAAAUUUAUCUAGAUAGCUGAUUUUAUCUCUAAAAUUCCCUAUAGAAGUAUUGAUUGUCUAACUAUGGGUAAUGUUAACUUUCAAGAUUGGUGUCAUAAUGAUAAAUAUGGAGCAGAGCAUAGGAACAGUUCUACAUCUAUUGAUAAAACCGGACUGCUUCUAGAUCACAAUGUAGCAAACCUCAAAGUAGUUGGAAUCUCUUGAAACAGAAACUUACUGUUACUGCUUUGACAUUUUUCACUUUCCAUGUGGCAACUUGAUUAAUUUGUAGGCUGCUUGACUAUUUGAAUAAGAAGGAAAUUUCAAGUAUAAUGGAGGCUGAUGCAUCUGAGGUGCAACAGCCACCCUCUGCUGUCCUAAGAAGCAUAACAUUUGGCAUUGCAACCAAGGAUGAAAAGGAAAAACUUUCAGUUCUGGACAUCACUACGACCAGUGAGGUCACUGACUCAAAAUUAGGACUUCCGAAUCAUAGUUCUCAGUGCUCCACAUGUGGUGCUAAAGAUUUGAAAUUUUGUGAAGGUCACUUCGGUGCUGUGAAAUUUCCUACAAGAAUUCUGAACCCGUAUUUUAUGUCCGAAGUUGUUCAAAUUUUGAAUAAAAUUUGUCCGAGUUGCAAAUCUGUCCGGCAAGAUCUGGUGAAGAAAAAUGAUCCGAGGCCUAAAGAAAAUUUGAGCAAGGGCUGCAAGUACUGUGUGAGGCAGGCAUUGUCAAUAGGAUGGUAUCCAAGAAUGAAAUUCAAAAUUUACUCUGGGGAAAUCUUGCGGAAAACAACAAUCACGGUUGAAAUUGGACAACGACCACCAACAAAGAAAGGGGUCAGAAAACCUUUGGCUCCUGACUUCUGGGAUAUUAUCCCAAAGGAUGAAGAACAAGAUGAAAAUGCUAUUAAGCCAACUAAAAGGAUUUUGACUCAUGGACAGAUAUGCCAUUUGUUAGAGGGUGUUGAUCAUAAGUUCAUUGAGAAGUAUGUCUUAGAGAAAGAAUUGCUCUUCCUCACCAACUUCUCAGUAACUCCGAAUUCUCAUCGUGUGUCUGAAGUAAUGCAUUCAUUUUCCAAUGCACAAAGACUGACAUUUGAUAAUCGCACAAGGGCAUACAAGAAGAUGGUUGAUUUCAGAGGGAAAACGCAUGAAUUGUGUUUUCAUGUUCUCGAGAGCCUUGGAGCUUCCAAGAUAAACCCCGACAGGUCAGCACAAAAUGAUCCUAUUUACAUUCUGCAAAAGAAGAGCGAUGAUGUCACCACCAACUCUUCAGGAUUGAGAUGGAUCAAGGAUGUUGUUCUUGGUAAGAGGAAUGAUCAUUCAUUCCGAAUGGUGGUUGUUGGAGACCCAAGUCUUGAGCUUAGAGAAAUUGGGAUCCCUCGUGAAGUUGCAGAAAGAUUGCAAAUUUCUGAACAUCUGACUGCAUACAACUGGGAAAAGCUGUUAAUCUGUUGCGAAGAACUCCUUCUUGAGAAGGGUUCAAUCCAUGUGAGAAGAUCAAGUGGUCUUGUCCGCAUUCAUCGCACCAAGGACCUGAAAAUCAAUGACGUGAUAUAUCGGCGUCUGAAAGAUGGAGAUACGGUCCUCAUCAAUAGGCCUCCUUCCAUUCACCAGCAUUCCCUAAUUGCCCUCUCUGUCAAAAUCCUUCCCGUGCCGUCAGCUCUGGCAAUAAACCCACUCUGCUGUUCCCCACUUCGGGGUGAUUUCGAUGGUGACUGCUUGCAUGGCUAUGUUCCUCAAUCAGUGAACACAAGGACUGAGCUCACCGAGCUUAUUGCUUUAGAUAAGCAGUUGACUAAUGCACAGAGUGGUUCAAAUCUGCUUUCUCUUGGUCAAGAUAGUUUAACUGCGGCACACUUGGUGUUGGAUGAUGGAGUCUUUCUCAACAAGUUCCAGAUUCAGCAGUUGCAGAUGUUUUCUUCAAAGGAAUUAUCUUCUCCACUUUCUGAUGGUGUUUGGACUGGCAAACAAUUGAUUAGCAUGCUCUUGCCAAAAGGGUUUGACUAUGAUUUUCCAUCAGAUAAUGCAUCGAUACGCGAUGGCGAGAUUGUUACUUGUGAUGGAUCUUUAUGGUUACGCGACACAGAGGCAAACCUUUUUCAAAGCCUUGUUCAGUAUUGCCCAGGCAAUGUUCUUGAUUUGUUGCAUGCUGCUCAGAGAGUUCUCUGUGAAUGGCUGUCAAUGAGAGGUCUUAGUGUUUCACUCUCUGACUUUUACCUCUGUCCUGAUUCCUACUCACGUGAAAGCAUGAUGGAUGAGAUUUCAUAUGGGAUGAAAGAAGCAGAGAAGACAUGCAUCACAAGGCAGUUAAUGGUUGACUCUUUUCAGGACUUCCUUACUGGUGAAGGGAUUCGAGGUGUGUUUGAUGCAGAGUGCUUGUUCCUUGAAAGACAGAGAUCUGUUUCCCUCAGCCAAGCAUCUGUUGAUGCUUUCAAGCAAGUGUUUCGUGAUAUUCAAAAUUUGGCCUUCAGAUAUUCCUCCAAGGAAAACUCAUUAUUGACCAUGUUUAAGGCUGGAAGCAAAGGAAAUCUACUGAAACUGGCCCAGCACAGCAUCUCUCUUGGCUUGCAAUCUUCUUUGGUUCCAUUGUCUUUCAGAAUGCCUCGUCAGCUUUCAUGCGAAGCUUGGAAUAGGUUUAGAGCCGAUGAGGUUAAUGAGUGUGCCAAGAGGUUUGUUCCAUCUGCAAUGGUCGAGGGUUGUUAUCUCACUGGACUGAAUCCCCUGGAAUGCUUUGUUCAUUCAGUGACAAGCAGAGAAAGCUCAUUCAGUGAUAAUGCUGACCUUCCUGGAACUUUGACUCGAAGGCUUAUGUUCUUCAUGCGUGAUAUUUGUAUUGCAUAUGAUGGCACAGUGAGAAGUGCAUAUGGGAAUCAGCUCGUACAAUUCUCAUACACAGGUCAAAAGGAAGAUUCUAAGAGCACAAUGAAUUGUGAUCCAAUUGGAGGCCAUCCCGUUGGUUCAUUGACUGCUUCUGCCAUCUCUGAAGCAGCAUAUAGUGCUCUCGAUCAACCCAUAAGUCUACUGCAAAAAUCUCCUCUGCUAAAUCUUAAGAAUGUACUAGAAUGUGGUACCAAGAAGAGUAAAUCCCAGAGAACUGCAUCAUUGUUCCUCUCUCCGAAACUUGGAAGAAGAAGAUAUGGGUUUGAAUAUGGAGCAUUGAAAAUUCAGAACCAGUUACAGAAAGUUCUUCUUUCUGACACUGUUUCCAUUGCCAGGAUCAUCUAUACUCCACACGGUGAUGGCAAAGCCCAUUCAAACCCUUGGGUUAUCCAUUUCCACUUGCUGAAGGAAAUCGUGAAGAAGAAAGGGCUACAGGCUGCAUCGGUAGCCAACGCCCUUGCCAACCAGUGCUUAUCAACACCUAAAUUUCCCAAAAUGGAGUUCAAGUGCAGGGGCUGCUGCUCUUUUGGUGAUAACUGGAAGGAAAAGGAAGAAACUUUUUGCAUAACAGCCACGGUGGUUGACAGUUCUAAAAGAUUGUCCACCAAGUUGGAAACUAUUCAAGAUAUGGUGGUUCCUUCUCUUCUCAGAACACCUGUUAGAGGAUCCACUGAGAUUGAUAAGGUGGAUAUUCUUUGGAACAAUAGGCCAAAAGUACAAAAAUCUGGUAAAGCUCCUUCCGGCGAGCUCUACUUGAGAGUUGCUUUAUCUGGAAUAACAGAUACAUCAAAACUGUGGGGCCAACUUCUGUACAGUUGUCUCCCCAUAAUGGAUAUGAUCGACUGGACAAGAAGUCAUCCCGACAACAUAAGAGAUCUAUCUUCUGCUUAUGGUGUGGAUGCUGGUUGGAAAGUUUUUCUCAAUAACCUGGAGUCUGCAGUUGCUGAUGUUGGCAAGACUGUACUUCCACAGCAUUUGCUUCUGCUGGCAAACACAAUGUCGGUUACUGGAGAAUUUGUUGCUCUAAAUGGAAAAGGGUUGAGACUACAGAGGGAGCACUCAAAGAUUUCGACCCCAUUUAUGCAAGCCAGCUUUAGUAACCCUGGAGAUAACUUUAUUCGGGCUGCUAAGAUGGGUGUCACUGAUCAGCUAAUGGGUCCACUGGAUGAUCUUGCUUGGGGAAAGAUGCCUGCUAUCGGCACUGGCAAGUUUGACAUCUUGUUUUCUCAGAAGGGUGAAAUGUCGAAGCCAGCGAAUCCAUACGAGUUCCUUGCUGCAAACAAGACGUCUGAAACCCCUAGGCCGACCAAGUUUGAGAUCCCAGGUUCAUGGAGCAGUAGAUUUGAGAAAUAUGGCAAAGAGCUUCCAUUGAGAUUCAACAAGGGCUCCAGAAAAUUCAGCAUAGCGAAGUCCCUGCGUAGUCAUACCUCGUACGAUGACAUUCUGAAUCUCAGCUCUGAUCUCCGCAAACUCUUAAAUAGCUCUCCUGUGGACGAGGAGCUAGGUGAGCGGGACAAAGUCAAACUGAUGCAAGCGUUAUACUUCCACCCUCGAAAAGACGAGAAGCUUGGAGACGGAGCUCAGUACUUCAAGGUGAUAAACCACCCGAAGCACGAAGGGUCUCGAUGCUUCUCGGUGGUUAGAAGCGACGGGACAAUGGAGGACUUCUCUUACCAUAAGUGCAUCCUUGCGGCGCUCGAUGUCAUAGCUCCUGGGAAAGCCUCCAUCUAUCAACGCAGGCAUUUGCAGAGGCUGGGAGAUAAUGGUGUAGACCCGGUUGCAUAAAACCAACCAGCAGCAAGAAAUCCCAAUGUAGUGUAGUGCAUAGUAGGCAGGCUCUGAACAGUUUGCUGUCUCUGCGCUUUUGUUGUAACCUUUUUUGUUGAGUUUGGAUGCUUCUUCUUUUGGGGGGUUAGAGUAUUAGAGAGGGAUUGUUCGAGAGACAAUCCUCUCCCUGAGCUUUUUUUUGCUCCUUCUACUACUUCCUUUGCCCUUUAUGUGUGGCAUUUGAUUGAAGAUGAAUCAAUUUCAUUCUCAAUCAAAGCGCCAUGGAGUAAAAAGGCGGAGAAGUCUAGUGGAAGCAGCAACGAAAAGCUUGCGUGGAGUGUAGUCAGUCACCAUUCAUUUCUCAAAAUGUUGUAGUCUCUCAUAAAGUGUAGUGUAGUAGUCGUUUCUGUCUGUUGAAAAGCUGCAGACAGUAGGGAAAACAUGUUCUAUGUGACAUUGGAUGAUGAAGAAGAAGAACAUGAACAGAAAACUGUUGGUAGAAGAAUGUUCUCUAGUUACUUCUUCGAUUGCGAGAUGUUUUGUUUUGAG